UAUAUUCCCCGGAUCCACGUUCCGGGCUUCUGUAGUUCCACAACACUCGUGUUAGCGCAGCAUUGCUAACGCUUUUCCUCAAACUUCGUCGUCAUGAGUGCUGAUAAUAUCAACGGGAGUUUGUCCGUACCUUUACGAAAUGCUUUGAACUCCAUUCAGUGUAUCAGAGACCGAGUCAGAGAUGGAGAGUCAAAUGAAUCAGAUGGAGAUUUCAACCUUUCUAACUUCUGGGACACUUUGAACCAAGCAGUAAAGGCAGUGUCCCAGGAAGCCACUAAACUCAGCCUAGCCUUCUCCAGACCUCCGCUCCCCUCUUUACAGGAUGCUGAGAAGUUAUCAGAGUCUAUCCUGAAGAGCCUCCUGACUCUGUCCACCGUGUAUUACUGGCUGCCCAAGAGCUAUGGUGUGACUCUACGUCGACAGGUCAGAGAAGCCACUGUUGGGGUUCUGGAGGGAGUUACACAACUGCUGGAGGUCAUACUCAGCUUACCGCUACACAGUCUGACCCAGGAACAGCUCACAUCAACAGGAGGAGUUUGGACUGCCUGUGACCUGUUUGCCCAGUUACCACGAGAUAAUAAAGCAGCUCUGCUGGUGGUUCUGUCCGCUCAGAUCGGAGUUGUGAAAGAUGCCACAGAGGAGAUUGAGCAGGCGUUAGCUGAGGCCCAGGACCCAUUCAGUGACAUACUGGAUGAUGGCGACGACGACGAAAACCCUCGAGGAAACCAGGACACCUACUGGUCAGAGAAGGACCGGCAGGUGAUUGGUCCAUGUCAGGGUCUGAUGAAAGCAUCGGCGGUGUGUCUGAGGAAACUCGCAUCAGCCGUCCAAGCUAACGGCGACAUCAACGUUCCUCAGAACGUCGCCCAGCUGGAUGACCUGGCAGACAUCAGCAUGGAAAUCAGCCCUGGAAUCGAUGAUCUGGCGCUCUGUCUCUACCCCCCGAUGGACUACAGUGGAGUGGACAGCAACGUGUCUAAAUUGGCAGCACUUUUAAGGAAACUUUUGGAAAUUAUCAGGUCCAGUCAUGUGUGUGCAGAGUCAGAACUGACCUGGGUUCAGUUCUUAGACGGCGCUGUUAACCACAACCAGGAGAAAGCCAAAGUUCUUAUAGCACAGGACAGCUGAUGUUGCUGUUACAAGUGUUUUAGUUGUGUGUUGUAUGAGCGUGUGUGUGUGUGUGUGUGCGCGCGCGCAUGUGUGCUUGCCUACAGCAAAGAGAUUUGUGUUCUGACAUUAACUCUUUUACACAAAUGUUUGCCAAGAACAGCAGAGUUUAAUAAAUCUUGGUUUAAAUCAAACCUCGGUCACCAGAUGGACCGUAAUACUUCACUCAGGCUGUUCUCAAAUGGCCCUUGUGUUUGAUGGCUAGAGUUAAGCUAACUUCUUGCAACUAUAAUUAAAAUAAAAUAAUUUGAUGAAACCAGAAA